GUCACUUAAUUCUGAGUCUGCGCAGCCAGUGUGUUGUGUCCGCCAUAUUGAACUGCUCACAGAAGUAACAUGUCUUUAAUCGAAGACGAGUUCUAGAAGUCAUAUUGAUAUAUGUAUGUUUAGUAAAUGAACGUAAGUUAAGUCUGAUUUAUAGAGAUUCCAAUGGGUAAGAGGUAUUACUGCGACUACUGCGACCGCAGUUUUCAGGACAACCUGCACAACAGAAAGAAGCACCUAAACGGCGUCCAGCAUCACCGGGCGAAAAAAGCCUGGUUUGACAACUUCAGAGAUGCUGCCACAGUUUUAAAUGAAGAGCGGACAAAGGAGCCCUGCAGAAAGUUUCUCCAGACAGGACAAUGUGUAUUUGGCACAAGCUGUCGUUUUUCACACAUGUCUGAGAGACAUAUGAAGAUGCUGGAGCAAAAGAUUGAUGAUGAAAAGCGGCAGAAGGAAGAUCCUGACCAAGAUGGAUCAUCUGCUAAGCGCAGCGUUGAUGAAUGGCUCUCCAGAAGAGAGAAGAAGCUGGCUGCUUUGACAUCAGGAAGAGUUUUAAAGAUGGAAGAGGAAGAAUGUUCUGAAAACAUUGAGAUACCUCCGUAUUUGCUGUCUAUUCCAGAUCUUCCUCCAUCUCUUCAUCCCCCACCAACUGGUGGUUGGAGAGUGACAGUACACAAUGAAUGGGGUUAAAAUGUAAUUUAUAAAAGUCCUUUUUAUUAUUCCUUUAAAAAAAACAAUGCUGCUAAAUCUAAUCAUUACAAAGCCUUUUGUGUAAUUCUAUAAAGGAAUAGUUCACACAAAAAUAAAAAAAGGUAGAACAUUUACUCACUCUCGCCGUCUAUGAUGUAGAUAAUUUAGUUUGUUCCUUGUAAUGCCAAAUUUCUCCAAAUCUCUUCCAUCGCUUGCUUGCCAAUAGAUCCUCUUCAGUGAAUAAGUGCUGAUCCAUUGCUUAAGCAAGUGAUAAAAGGAUAAAUUUCUCCAAAUCUGUUCAGAUGAAGCAACAAACUCAUCUACAUCUUGGAGGGUGAGUGCAUUUUCAGCAAAUGUUCCCCGUUUGGGUGAACUGUUUCUGAAAAGGAGAACAAAUUGUGCAUAUUUGUAUCAAAUUAUAAUGCAGUACAAGUCCAGGUGCAUGAUGAAAAAAAAAAUGCAAUGAACUUGUAUAGUUUAAAAAUCAUGUUUUGCAUGAAGUAACAAGUUUACAUUUUGAACAGUUUAUAGGGAUAUUUUAAAUAAAUCCGGUGCAGUGAAUUUCAUAAUGUAGAGUUGUGUUUUGUGUGUGUGUCUGGAAAAAAAAACGUUAUUUUUCUUCAAAAGGUAGGAGUUAACAUAAUUGAUUGCUUUUAUUUCCUGUGUAUCAAGAAGCUGACAAUGUUCCCAAGCUGAAUGCUAAGACUACUGAGAGAGUUAUUGUUUUUGUCUGCCGUCUGUGUCAGUGGUUUGGAUUGAAAUUCAGAUGAGGGAAGCGUUUUCAAUUUAGUCCUGAUUGCUUGUUGCAGGGAUGUUUUGUGCUGUUAGCUUGCAUGGCCUUAGUGAAUUCCUCUUGUCUGCACUGAUGAAUGUUACACUUGACUGGGAUGCAUUACAUUUACAGGCCUGGUGAUGAAAGGUCUUAUUGGCCAUGUGUUAGAGUAAAGAUAAGUAAAUUAAAAAUAUUCAGGUAAUAAAGUGGUCUAGUUGAGUUUGGUGACUUAAUACCAGGUAUACAUAGCUCAUUGAAUUAAAAAAAAAUGUUAGAAGACCUGUUAUACCAAAGCAUGUAUUUUGAAUUCAUACUAGUGUGGAAAUAUGGAAAUAUGUGGAAUAAAUUCAGCCAAACCAGCAUGCCUUUUGAAGUGCUGCUUACAAUAGUAAGAUGGUUUGCGCUCUCAAAUGCAAAACAGUAGGUGGGAAAAAAAAGAAAUCAGUGAGAAAGACCAAAGAAGAAGCACCACUUUUUAAUUCAUUUGUUCACAUGGUACAAUUAAAUGUAACAUUAGCACAUGUUGGCACAUCAUAGAUUCAGAGUUGUUUUCUAGGGCUACAUUGAUGCAAUAUAAAGUUACAUACAUCAGUUGGAUAUAUUAGUUACAUCACUACAUUAAUAUAAUUAAGUGAGCUAAUUUGUAACUGCCAACGUGUUUCAGCCGUUAUGUAGUUGAAUGUAAUAGAUGUCAUUUAAGUAAAUGUGCUGUAAUAUUUCCAUGUGGAGUAAGAUGAAUUUAUAUAAAUAAAUAUUGAAAACAUACAAAAAUAAAACUAUUUUUCCAUAUAAUCCUAAGAGGUUUAUCCAUUUAUUAUUCUGACUGGAAAAAACAAAACAUAUUGCCAUGUUAAAUAAUAAAACCCCUAUUAGUGUGUAAAAACAAUUUGCACAGCACAUCACAUGCUUGAGCUUUGGAUAAUCGAGAGCAUGAUAUGUUUCUGAUGUCCUGAAAUCAGUAUAUCUCAAUUUGUAUAUGUAUAGAUAUAUAAAUCGUAACUCACAGUAAAUUGUCAUCAAAUAAGCAUAGAUUGCAUAUUUUAACAACAGAGGCUGACCUUGACAUUACACAACAUGUCAGAAAAUUACAAAUGCAUGCAACUGCAAAGAAACAGGUUUUCAUCAUUGCUUAUAUAUUUUGCGCAAGGGUUGUUUCAUCAUGUCAGCAUAAUCUUCAUGAUCUGAAGUCAGAAUGUCUGAGCUUGCUGACUACAAAUAACAGAAAUAUCUUCUGUAAUAUUAAUAUUACUCUGAAAAAAUCUUGUAUAUUGAUAUGUUUCACUCUACACUAUCAUUACAAUCAUAUGCAGUUGCAGAUCAAUUUAAAUAAUUAGUCAUAACAGACUUAACUUACAUGAUUGUUUUUCCAAAUUAAGUCAUAGAAAUGUUAAUGAACAGCUUAUUUGUAUCAGUUAAGUGUCAUCUGUGAUAAAGCACAAACAUGUGAAUUAAUUACUGGGAAAGUGCACAAAAUAUAGACUUUGGACUUCAAACCUAAGACACACAGAACAACACCAUCCAAUUUACUGUUUAGGCACUGAGAUUACUGACAAAUGCAUAAAUUACAGAUAGAUGCUGGAUGCAUACAUUUAUUUCAGAGUAUGCAUAAGCCAAAUAUUGCUUGUUACCGUUAACUCGCACCAAACUUAAAGCUAUUAAGUUCAAAACAACACUUUUGAAUAAUGUGCACUGGUUCAUUCCAUUUGAGUUAUGCUAUGAAUGCAUAAUUUAAAGCAACUGUAUGUAGCUUUG